UAUUUAUGUUCGAGUAACAUUUUUUGCAAAAUUUCCAUUGAAAGAUGCCGAAAUACUAUAGGUUUAGAGCGACGACUCCGACUCGGAAACCAAAACGGAGCAAGGACAAAGAAAAGGAGAGAGAGCUAGAGAAGAGUAAGUUUGAGGCUGAAAGAAGUUGGCUGGACUUGACACUAGCAUGCACCCCGGCGCCAUCUUGGUACUUGCGGCGUACGUCUUGGCGGGAAAGCCCUCCACUGAUGGGGCUGCCGAGGCAACUGGCCGCCGGACUCCGAGCCUCGCUCCAGCUAAGCAAUCGACCCAUCUUCGUGUUUAAAAUCCCGGCAGUUCGCUCCCAGGACGUCAUGCGUCCAUUCUAAAUUCAAAUGUUAAGUGUAAAUUUUCCCGCGUUUAUUUCCCACGUUUUUUUACAAAACCGCGAUUCGUUUUUUUUUUCGUUAUGGACAAGUGCGAGUAGUUUGCUCCUAGUUUUUUUUUGUGUGACAGUAAACUUCCAUGUCUUGUGAUGGUUAAUACAUUGACAAAAAGCA